UGUACUUCUGUCAGAUGGAACGCUAGCUGCUCAUGCUAACACGCUAAUAAGCUAACGUCACAUGGGCUGUCUUAAGGCUACGCGUUACGUUCCCCGCUGCCUGCUAUUGUUUUGUUGUUAGCUAGCGGGCUAAUUGGGAAACUUCCGGUUCUGGUGGCGAGUCACGUUAGAAGCCGAAUGGGUCCAUUUUCCGUACGGAAGGUGCUGAAGGGUUCGUACUAUCUAAAUGUCACCGGCGACGUGCGUUUUGUGAACCGUUUGUUCAAAGACGACCGCGGACUCCAGUCAGAAAACGACCGGACCUGAGGCUCCUUAUGGCUCUGUACGACGAGAACAUCCUCAAGAACCCGUUCUACUCGGCGCUGGAGAAGCAGAGACCGGACCUCUGCAGCCGCGUGGCAGAGCUCCACGGCAUCGUCCUGGUCCCUCGUUGUGGGAGUUUGACCGCCAGCAGCUUCUCAGACUCCCGGUUCGACAGCUACGUCCUGCAGCCGGCGGGGGACGGGUACCGGACUGCGGACGGAAAGGAGGUCAGGAUCCAGGACCGGCUGGUCCUGCUGGGCUCCGGCUUCCCGGCUCCCUCUUCGGUCCCCAUCCUGUUCGAGGAGACCUUCUACAACGACCGGGAGCAGAGCUACAGCAUCCUGUGCAUCUCCAGGCCUGUGGAGGCGGAGCCGAGCGAGGACCAGCUCAGGCCGCCGCCCCCUUACUGCCUGCGGAGCCUGGAGGACGUCCGGGAGUUCCUGGGACGCCACGGACAGAAGCUGGACAGAUUCAUCCAGAGCUUCUGUCAGGCCUUCAGGGAGCAGGAGAGGAAGGGACUCCGACACCACAUCGACUCUGUCCACGGUCUGUACACUAAAUGUCUCCAGUGUCUUCUGAGGGACUCUCGUCUGAAACUUCUGGCGAAGCAGGAAGUCCAGAUGAGUCUUCUCAAGCAGGCGGUGGAGAUGUAUGUUCAUCAUGGUAUCCAUGAUUUAAUUUUUAACUUUGUGGGAACGCUGGAAGCCAAUCAGGACGCCGCCUUCAACAAAACCAACAGGAGUCUGCAGGAGCUGCAGCAGAACGAGCUGGGAGUGAAGCCCGAGUUCAGUUUAAACUUGUCUCGGGCAAAGAGAGAGCUGAGUCGGCUCAACCAGCAGACCUCCCCCCUCCUCAAGCUGCUCUGCCUGCGCAGAGUCGCCCUGACGGCCACCCAGACCCCCCGGGGCACAGUCAGCAUAGAGGCUGUGUGUGCAGACGACCUGCUCUCCGUCAUCCUGUAUCUGCUGGUGAAGACGGAAAUCCCCAACUGGAUGGCCAACCUGAGCUACAUCAGGAACUUCUGCUUCAGCCUCUCCAGCAAAGACGAGCUCAGCUACUGCCUGAGCACCUUCGAGGCCGCGCUGGAGUACAUCAGCCUGGGGAAGCUGCAGGACACGCGCUCCGGCUCCGGGGAGCUGAACGACAAGGCGCUGUUCAAAGAGAGGAUGAGUCUGCUGUCUCAGAGCGCCGCCACGCCCAUCCACCGCCUGUUUGAGCAAAUUGCCAAUGGAAACGAGGCGGAAGUGCAAAGUCUGCUGAGUGAAGGAAAGCGCGUCGAGGACGUCCCCAUGUGUCAUCCCCUCUGCUCAUGUGACCUCUGUGACCUCCAGCUGUCAGGGCGGUUGAACGACCCGUCCAUCGUGACGCCGUUCUCCCGAGACGACCGCGGUUACACCCCGCUGCACGCCGCCGCCAUCUGUGGUCAGGCCCAGCUGAUCGACUUGCUGGUGAGUAAAGGAGCGCAGGUCAACGCCACGGACUACCACGCCCUCACGCCGCUGCACCUGGCCUGCCAGAGGGGAUACCAGGGAGUCACGCUGCUGCUGCUGCACUACAAGGCCGACACGGACGCUCAGGACAACAGCGGGAACACGCCGCUGCACCUGGCCUGCAUGCACGGCCACGAGGACUGCGUGAAGGCGCUGGUUUACUACAACGUCCAAACGUGCUGCCUGGACCUGCAGAACGACAAAGGCGACGCGGCGCUGCACAUGGCGUCCCGCUGGGGCUACGAGGGGAUCAUCCAGGUUCUGCUGGAGAACGGGGCGAGCACCCACGUCCUCAACAAGAGCAAGGACUCCCCGCUGCGCUGCGCGCUCAACUCCAAGAUCCUCGGCCUGCUGCAGUCGGCUCAGAACGGCCACCAGCGCCGAGGAGUCGAUUCCCCCAGCCGAUCCCCUCUGGCCUCCGACUGCAGCAGCCGCCGCUCCUCCGUCUCCAGCAGCUCCUCCCGGGAUGCCGAGGUCAAACCGGAGGCCGGACGGGUCCGACACAGAGAGGUGGAGAAGCUGCUGCGGGCCGUUGCCGACGGCGACGUGGAGAUGGUGCGGUACCUCUUGGAGUGGAUGGAGGAAGAGGAGGAAGAUGAGGAGGAGGAGGAGCAGCGGGGAGGGGAGGGAGCGCUUCGGGCCGAGGCCCCGCUGUGCCACCCGCUGUGUCAGUGCCCGACCUGCGCCCCCACCCAGAAGCUGUCCGUCCUGCAGGCCGGGGCCCUCGGGGUCAACAGCUGCAACGGCGGCGGCUUCACGCCGCUGCACGUGGCCGCGCUGCACGGCCACUGCGCGCUCGCCGCCCUGCUGAUCCGCCACGGAGCCAACGUCAACGCCCGCACCAACCAGAGCGCCACGCCGCUGCACCUGGCCAGCCAGAACAGCCACGUCCAGGUGGUGAGAUUUCUGCUGGAGUGCAACGCCAAACUGAACAAGAAGGAUCACUAUGGCAACACGGCGCUGAUACACGCCUGCCUGUGCGGGAGCCCCGAGGCGGCCGGCACGCUGCUGCAGAGCGACGCGCUGGUGAACGCGGCGAAUCACCAGGGCAACACGGCUCUGCACGAGGCGGUGCGCGGCGGCCACCAGCAGCUGGUGGAGCUGCUGCUGAGGGGCGGAGCCUCGGCCGGCCUCAGGAACAAGAGGCAGAGGACGCCGCUGGACUGCGCCUACGAGCUGGGCGGCAAGAACACGGAGAUCCUGAGAGCUCUGCAGAAAGCGUCGGGACUUUCCCCCGAUGCCGAACCGAUCAAACUCCUGUCGGUGCCCAAAGGAGCUCUGGCUCAUUCGUUCGUGCAGCGUCUGAAGCUGCAAGAUCACAACCACGGCCGCAGGCAGAAGCUGGCCCCGCCCCUCAGGGUCCAGCAGACGAAGAAGGGCUCCCCCGGUCCUCCCUCCAGGUGUUCAACCAACACCAGCCAGGGGGACCCCGACAGGCGGCGGUUGAGGCGGGGGGAGACGGUGGAGGUCAGCAGCCCCUCGGCGAGCGUGGAGGCGGGGCCCCGGCUGAGAGAGCGGCCUCUGGGACGCUGCCACACCCUGGACCCGGGAGGAUGGACCCCGGAGGCCGCACCCACUGGACACGCUCAGGCGUACAGCGACUCACAGACCACCUCGGCCCCUUCGCCGGAGUCACCGGGCAACCGCACCCACGGCGGGGUCGAGGCCCAGCGGGAGGAGAGCGGCGAGGACGUGGGCUCGCAUCCCGCUGACCUCGACCCCGCCGAGGGAAGCCAUCGGAGAGACGGCGAUCGGAGAGACGGCGACCAAGUGGCGGAGAGACGAGGGGGGAGUCCGGUCGUAGAAGCGUCAUGAGGGGGGAGUCGGGUGGGGGGUCAGAACUUCUUGGGUCCCCUCAAUGAGGAGGAAGGAAAGCUCACAGUUAGAGGUCAGAUGAGACGACUCUUCAUGUCUCCCUGCUGAAUAUGGACGAAACGAGAGGAAAAGAGUCUGUUCACAACAAAACACUCUCACCCCCCCCUAUCACCGUGACGAGAUGGGAUUGAUGGUAUCAGAAAGGCCUCUGAUGCUGGAUCCAGUAACCACCACAUCGUGUUAUCGCAAGAUUGAUCAACGGGUGACUUUACAACAUGAUCAACAACUCCUCUUUGACUAGGUAGCUAGGUAGUGCUGGCUAGGUAUCCUUGGCUAGGUAGCUGUGGCUAGGUAGCUGUGGCUAGGUAGCCGU